CACCAGGCACUCAGCUCUGUCACUUCCAGCAGGUCAUGGAGCUACAAGGUCCUGCACUUCUCUGCAUCUGGAUCGGCCUCUGUCCCCUCCUUGUCCCAGCAGGUUUGGUGACGCAGCAGGAAACCGCCAUCCGUGUCGCUGUGGACAGGUCGGUGCUCCUAAAAAUCCCAGGCUGCAGCCUAUCAAACAUGGACGAGGUGCAGUGGAAGAAAAAUCGGAAUGCUUUUCUUGCAAAACGGAAAAAGACGGUAAUCGAUAAUGACAGCGAGUGUGGGUGUGCGCUGCAAGAGAACGGCGACUUGCUGGUACAUAGGGCCGAGAGCAGCCUCUAUAAUGUGUUAGUUUAUCACAACGACGGGAAGCAGAAGUGCAAUGGCAGUAUAAGCGUGACGGCGGAAGAGCCAGUGGACGGGCCAAGAAUCGAAUCCAAUUGCACAGCCAAGAAUGUCGUCAUACGAUGCUCAAUUUCAGCGGGUACUGAUCCAAAUGUAAUCAUUUUGUGGAACAACCAUACAAAGGGCAACUUUAAAGGAAAAUCGCAUUCAGUUUCUAUAAAUCUUAAAGAGCAGCCUGGAACUGUGAUCUGUGUGGCCAAAAACACAGUGAGCAAAGAACAGCAGACUAAGGAGAUCAACUGCUCAAAGGGUUCUUUGUUCAAUCCAGACUGGGACAUCUACCUCAUCCUGAGCAUCGCUGGCGGGUGCGUCGCUUUUGUUAUAUUCCUCAUUCUGGUCAUUUACUUAGUGAAGCAGAGGCCGUGCAGUAACAACAGGAGCAUCGAGGAAGACGGGACGCCGAGCUACGACAGAACGCAGAUGAACAUGCAGCAACGCACAUUACCUAUACCGCCUGGCCCGCCCAUAGAUGUGCCAGAUCACAGCGCCAACCAGAAUCCUCCAGCCCCGCACAGACAACAGGCGCCGACUAAGUCAACAGCCAGGAGAGGCAAGCAAGCCAACCAGAGGCACCCGCCACCGCAGGAGCAGACGGACAGGGUGCCCGGGCAUCACCAAACGCUGACUGCACAACCCAGCAAGCCGGCUCUACCAGCAAAUCACCCAAAUGAGCAGCCGCCAAGACCACAGCCACGCACCAAGUCUAAGGCACCGCGGCAGCACCGGAAACCGCCCUAGCCAAGAGCAGGGAACCUUGUGGCCACUCUGAGAAUGACAUCACUCCGUGACCUCACAAACUCGGACCGAUCUAUAGUUUCCCUAGGUCUGUGUGACAACCCCGGCCUACAAAGGAUAAGAGGGAUUCUUGCCUCAAGAACAUCUAUAUAUUGUAUAUUAUUGUGUAUAUAUCUGCUAUAUUAUAUACUAGUGAUUGCCGUGGC